AUGGCAUCAUCCUCCACUGCCGACGAGGAUAGAAGGUGGAUUGUGCUCACCAUGGUGUGCUUGGCUUUGACGCUGGGGUUGUCUUCCUUGGCCCUCCGCGGAUACGUCAAGCUACGUGUGCGCAAGAUGGUCACAGCAGAUGACUGGAUCAUGCUGAUCGCCGGAUUGCUGUGGCUAGGCUACAUGGCCUCCCAGAUUGCUGCGUGCGCAAACGGAUUCGGCGCCCACACAGCGGACCUGCGCCAAAACUCGUACUAUUAUGUCGUUGGCACUGCGCAUAAUGGCGACGUGGUGGAAGCGCUGCGGUUCUGGUUCGUUUCCACGCUUCUCCACAUCGGGACCACCGCCGUCGUUCGCCUCAGUGCUAGCCUUACAGUCCUUGGCCAGCCACACCCUCGAUCUACGUUCCGACGCUGGACCGUCAUCCUCAAUCUCGCCAUUGUAACACUCGCCAGCAUCGCCUUCGCUGUUCUCCUCGCGCUCCAGUGCACUCCGCUCUCGGCGUACUGGUCUCGCAACCGGGCCGAGGCCUCAUCGCCUUCCUGCCAUUUCGCAACCACCGUGGUGCAGCCCGGGUGGUACGGUUUCGCCGCAUUGAGCCUCGUCGCCAACCUCGUCCUCGCCUUUUUCGCGCUCACGCCAGUGUUGCAGGCAGGCCUAUCCUGGCGCAAGCGCGCCCCGGGUGCGGUGCUCAAUCUCUUCUCCGUCACUGUGGUCAUGUCUGCGCUCCAGCUCGCGCAGGUCCCGACGCUGCGGGAUACCGCGGACCUUAGCUUCGCGGCCGGCGACUUCGCUUCCUACGCCCUGCUCGUGCCGUCGCUGGCGCUCGUCGCAGCGAAUCUGGCGGGGCUGGGCCCGUGGGUGAAGGAGCUGGGCUGGGAUGCUGAAGGAGGCGAGGCGCGCUGGCGGGAGGGGAACAGAGGCUUGCGGAUGCGUACGUUGGGACGAAGGAGAGGGCGGUCGGCGAUGAAUGUCAUGAGAGGACAUGGCGAGGAGGGCGAUGAGGCGGUGUUGGAGGCGGCGAUCGAGGAGGGGCUGGGCAGGUUGGAGAGCACGGGAGCGGAGGCAAGGGCUGCGUCGGGGUCGGAAUUGGGGCGUGAGAGGGGUUGA